AUGUCUAGUCCAGAAUCUCUGACAGAGAGGACAGAGAUUGUCAAGAUAAAUGACUAUGAAGAAAAACUGACAGAGCCAAUCAUCCCCCAUGAGCGCCAGAUUGUCGAUGCUGUAAUUUUAAUUUGGAAGAAGGACCCAUCGACGGAAUCUCUUGGAAUUACCAAAUUACAUGCUUUGAUAAAAAGUGAAUACCCCAAUUGGUCUGUUUCAGAGAAAAGAGUUAAGACUUUGUUGAAGAAAUUUGGCUUACUUUCCAGUGCUUCUCAAGAGAAAUUUACCUAUGCAAAUGAGAUCAAAUCAAUUUACACUCCAGACAUUGAAUUACCUCCAAAGGUGCAUAUAGUGUUGACUUCAAAAAGAGGUAAAGGAUUAUAUGCAAAGACUAAAAUAUCUAAGGGCGAAGUUAUAUUUGAAGAAUCGCAGUUAUUCAACGUCCCACCGCUCUCCAAAUUGAAGUUGAUUCAAAGUGGAAAGGCAUGUGCUUACUGUGGAAAGCUUCUUCAGCAGAACUCAUCCCAUGCCGGAAUUUCAGUAUUGAAAGGUUUGGACUGCAACAUUUGCUCAGAACUAUGGUGUUCUCAGUCCUGUAAAAGAGCUGACUCUGAAUUGCACAAUGUUUUAAAGCACAAUGUGUUCAAUCCCAAUGCAAGAGGAAGCAGCAAUAAAAAGAAGCAAAUUGAUGCAAACGCCUUCUUAGAACUCCAGGAGUAUGCAGAGAAGGAGCAAUGGAAUGCUUUGUAUGCUGUUGCCAUUGUAUAUGCAAGUAUUUUGAACGACAAAACAGGUGUUAAAGGCAAACAAUUUAGGGCCAUGGCAAGAGUUUCUCAGGCGACGAGAUAUAAAGCAAUUAAUUCUUCGGCUGGCUCUUUUGAUACCUUCAAUGGUGGCGCAUUAUUUGUGCAAGAACAACAAGAGGUACUUUGGAAUGAGGGAUACAAUAAAUUCGUUAAAGUAUUUCCAAUCUCUGCAGAAAACGGUGACAUGUCUUUUGAUGAAUUUAUGUAUAUGAUGGGUACUUACAAUAUUAAUAAUUUGGAUUCUUGCAUCUACCUUACGCAAUCACAUUUGAAUCACAAUUGUAAUCCUAAUACGAGUGUUGAAACGUCACUUACUAAUAGGGUUGAUGGAUUGAAGGUAAUUGCAGCAAGGGAAAUUAGAUCUGGAGAAGAACUUACUACAACUUACGUCAAUCCAGCUCACACUGUUCAGCAACGUCAACGUGAACUCAGAGUCAAUUGGGGUUUCAUCUGCGGAUGCCAAAAAUGUAAAGAUGAUUUGCAAAUUCAGCAACGACGUAAGUCAAGUUCUGGAGCUCUGAAAGAUAAAGCUUCAAUUCGAGAUAUGUUGGCCAAUGCUAAAGAAGAAGUUGGUGAUGGUAUCGAUUUAGAAAUCCCUACCGACUAUAAUGGAGAAAGAAGAAAGUCUGUUAGAUUUGAUGAAAAAGUUAUAGCUGUAAGUAAAUAA